CCGCCCGUGCCCUCCCCGCGGGCUGACAGGCAGAUAUGGUCCUGAACGCGGUGAGCACAUGACUUCGGAGAUGGACAACCAGAUCCAUUACAAGUCGUGAUUGGCCUUAAAUUGACUGAUCAGCAGUGCAGAGCUCGGCAGGAAUUCUCUCAUUCCUGGUUUUUGCCUGUCCUCUCGCCUCACCGCUCCAGCUGCAUCAUGUACGGCAGCGCUCGCUCGGUGGGCAAGGCGGAGCCCAGCGCGCAGAGCCCCGGCCGCUCGCCGCGCCUGCCGCGCUCGCCGCGCCUGGGCCACCGGCGCACCAACAGCACGGGGGGCAGCUCGGGGAGCAGCACCGGGGCUGCCAGCGGGAAAACCCUUUCCAUGGAAAACAUCCAGUCCUUAAACGCCGCCUACGCCACCUCCGGCCCCAUGUACCUGAGCGACCACGAGAACGUGGGCGCGGACACGCCGAAGAGCACCAUGACGUUGGGGCGCUCGGGGGGCCGGCUGCCUUACGGGGUUCGCAUGACAGCCAUGGGCAGCAGCCCCAACAUCGCCAGCAGCGGCGUGGCCAGCGACACCAUCGCCUUCGGGGAGCACCACCUGCCCCCCGUGAGCAUGGCGUCCACCGUGCCGCACUCGCUGCGCCAGGCCAGGGAUAACACCAUCAUGGACCUGCAGACGCAGCUCAAGGAGGUGCUGAGGGAAAACGAUCUGCUCCGCAAGGACGUGGAGGUGAAGGAGAGCAAGCUCAGUUCUUCCAUGAACAGCAUCAAGACCUUCUGGAGUCCCGAGCUCAAAAAGGAGAGAGCUCUGAGGAAGGACGAAGCUUCGAAAAUCACCAUUUGGAAGGAACAAUAUAGAGUUUUGCAAGAGGAGAACCAGCACAUGCAGAUGACUAUCCAGGCUCUCCAGGACGAGCUGCGGAUCCAGAGGGACCUGAACCAGCUGUUCCAGCAGGACAGCAGCAGCAGGAGCAGCGAGCCCUUGGUGGCCGAGCUGACCGAGGAGAACUUCCAGCGCCUGCACGCCGAGCACGAGCGCCAGGCCAAGGAGCUGUUCCUGCUGCGGAAAACCUUGGAGGAGAUGGAACUGAGGAUUGAGACGCAGAAACAGACCUUGAAUGCACGGGAUGAGUCCAUCAAAAAGCUGCUGGAGAUGCUGCAGAGUAAAGGUCUGUCAGCAAAAGCCACCGAGGAGGACCACGAGCGGACGCGAAGGUUGGCUGAGGCAGAGAUGCACGUGCACCACUUGGAAAGCCUUCUUGAACAGAAGGAAAAGGAGAACAACAUGCUGAGAGAGGAAAUCCACCGUCGCUUCGAGAACGCUCCCGACACGGCCAAGACAAAGGCUCUCCAAACUGUUAUUGAGAUGAAGGAUUCAAAAAUUUCUUCCAUGGAGCGUGGCCUCCGGGAUUUGGAGGAGGAGAUUCAGAUGCUGAAGUCAAACGGAGCCCUGAGCACAGAGGAACGUGAGGAGGAAAUGAAGCAAAUGGAGGUGUACCGAAGCCAUUCCAAAUUCAUGAAAAAUAAGGUAGAGCAACUGAAGGAAGAGCUAAAUGCCAAAGAGGCUCAAGGGGAGGACCUGAAAAAGAGAGUGGCUGGUCUCCAGACCGAGAUUGGGCAGGUGAAGCAGGAGCUGUCCCGCAAGGACACGGAGCUGCUGGCGCUGCAGACCAAGCUGGAGACCCUGACCAACCAGUUCUCUGACAGCAAGCAGCACAUCGAGGUGCUCAAGGAGUCCCUGACAGCGAAGGAGCAGAGAGCUGCCAUCCUGCAGACAGAGGUGGAUGCGCUGCGGUUACGUCUGGAGGAGAAGGAGACCAUGCUGAACAAGAAGACAAAGCAGAUCCAGGAGAUGGCAGAGGAGAAGGGCACUCAGGCAGGCGAGAUCCACGACCUCAAGGACAUGCUGGAGGUGAAGGAACGCAAAGUUAACGUUCUUCAGAAGAAGAUCGAGAACCUGCAAGAGCAGCUGAGGGACAAGGAGAAGCAGAUGAGCAGCUUGAAGGAUCGAGUGAAAUCCCUGCAGGCCGACACCACCAACACCGACACUGCCCUGACCACGCUGGAAGAGGCGCUGGCAGAGAAAGAAAAGACCAUUGAGCGUUUAAAGGAGCAGCGUGACAGAGAUGAACGAGAAAAACAGGAAGAGAUCGACAACUACAAGAAAGACAUUAAGGACCUGAAAGAGAGAGUCAGCAUUUUACAAGGAGAUCUCACAGAGAAAGAGACAUCAUUACUGGAUCUUAAGGAACAUGCCUCAUCAUUAGCUUCAUCUGGACUGAAGAAAGAUUCAAGACUCAAGACACUGGAAAUUGCAUUAGAACAGAAAAAGGAGGAAUGUUUGAAGAUGGAAACACAACUGAAGAAGCACCCUGAAGUUUUAUUGAGUCAUCCAUCCAAGCUAGCUCACGAGGCAGCCCUGGAGGCGAGGGCCAGCCCCGAGCUGAGCGAGCACACGCAGCAGCUGGAGCGCGACGUGGCGCGGUACCGCGAGGAGUCCGGCAAGGCUCAGGCGGAGGUGGAUCGGCUCCUGGACAUCCUCAAGGAGAUGGAAAAUGAGAAGAAUGACAAGGACAAGAAGAUAGCAGAACUGGAAAGCCUCACCUCAAGGCAAGUUAAAGAUCAGAAUAAGAAAGUAGCAAAUCUGAAGCACAAAGAACAAGUGGAGAAAAAGAAGAGUGCACAGAUGCUGGAGGAGGCCAGGAGACGAGAGGAUAACCUUAAUGACAGCUCCCAACAGCUUCAGGACAACCUGCGUAAAAAGGAUGAUCGGAUCGAAGAAUUGGAAGAGGCACUCAGAGAAAGUGUUCAGAUAACUGCAGAGCGGGAAAUGGUGCUAGCACAAGAGGAGUCAGCCAGGAUCAAUGCUGAGAAACAGGUAGAAGAGCUGAUGAUGGCUAUGGAGAAGGUCAAACAGGAGCUGGAGUCAAUGAAAGCAAAGCUGUCCUCCACACAACAGUCUUUGGCUGAGAAGGAAACCCACCUGACCAACCUACGAGCUGAAAGAAGGAAACAUUUGGAGGAGGUCCUAGAAAUGAAACAAGAAGCCCUUCUUGCUGCCAUUAGUGAAAAAGAUGCCAAUAUUGCUCUGCUAGAGCUUUCAUCCUCCAAGAAGAAGACUCAGGAUGAAGUGGCUGCACUGAAACGAGAGAAAGACCGUCUUGUGCAGCAGCUCAAGCAGCAGACUCAGAACCGUAUGAAGCUGAUGGCUGACAACUAUGAGGAUGACCACCUCAAAUCCUCAUCCCAUUCCAACCAAACCAACCACAAGCCCUCCCCUGACCAGAUAAUUCAGCCCCUGUUAGAACUCGAGCAGAACCGCAGCAAGUUGAAGUUGUACAUCGGCCAUCUGACAGCCCUGUGCCACGACCGCGACCCCCUGAUCCUGCAGGGCCUCACCCCGCCCGCCUCCUACCACCUGGACAGCGACCAGGCAGCCUGGGAGAGGGAACUGCGCAGGAUGAGCCAGGAACAGCUGCACGAUGAGCUGGAGAAGGGGGAGAGGGAGAACGCGGAGCUGCAGGAGUUCGCCAACGCCAUCCUGCAGCAGAUCGCGGAUCACUGCCCCGACAUCCUGGAGCAGGUCGUCAACGCCCUGGAGGAGUCCUCCUGACCUCCACCAGUCCUCCUGACCUCGGCCACCAGUCCACGGAGCAGCACACCAGCAGCCAAGCCCAGUCAGUCCACGGAGCCGUGGGAGUGGAGAGCAAUGUGAAAGACAGAACGUGGAAUAGAAACUUCCGGUGCACCUUUGACAAAGAAAACAAAGGCAAAAAAAACCCUUCUAAAAACUUCAUGCUCUCUAGGUUCUUCCAGUCUAUGAUUAAUCAGCCAUUUUUGUAUUCAUCUUCUCACUGCCUUUCUACUUUAGAACCCAGUUCCUCAGUGACUUUGUUGGUUGUGACUUUCGGAUACAGCUAAGCAGAGCUCUUCUGAGUCUACUGAGCAAAGAAGAGGGGAUCCACUGAACACAAGCAGCUCUAGUUCUCCAUGAGGUUGCAGAAGAGUAGCCCUCACCUUUCAUUAAUACAUUGCUUUUUCCUUCUUAUCUUCUUUCCUUCUUCCUGUUUUUUAUUUUCAUGAAAGCUGAAAGCCUGAAUUUCAUAGUGCUAAAGCCAAACCUGAGUGUGCUCUGAUUAUGGCUCAUGACUGGCCAGCAUCAGCUAGCUCAGGUCUUGCUGCCUGUCUCAAUGCUUCUUAUGUUCUUAAAUAACAGAGUGAGGAGAGGAAAGUUUCCCUACUUGCUCCUGUUAGUCGUUUCAUCUAGCAGCUGGGGAGAAAAGGUAGGGAUACUGGUACUUUCUGCUUACUUAACUUGGGUUUUGAUUGUUCACUGGUCUGACUCUGAAGUGCUAGGUGGUUUUUUGAGGUAACUGUUUUCAUCUGUUGAUUUUUGGGGGGAUUUUAGAUGAGUUUUCUCAUCAUAGUUCUGUGUCUCCUAAGUUCUUACUUUAUAGAGAGCUCUCUCCCUUGGAGCAGGUGUGGUCAACAGGUCAGUUCCCAGCUUUAACUUGUAUAGUUUGUCCAGUUUUUCAGGCCAUAACUUUGUGAACACUAGCUGUCAUCAGAAUAGUCUUAGGCAUUCUGUAAAUGAGAAAUUUGCAUCAUUUAGCUUAAAAGUAGAAUUUUAAAGCUAAGUUAGGUAAAUCAGUAGCAUAGUCCUUACUAUAAUUAUAAUUUAAUUUAUUUUUGUUUAGCUUACAUUGAGUUUGAGUUCAGAGCAAUAACCCUUAUGAAGAGGAGCAUCUCUGCUGGAGUUGGCACCCAGCUGAGUAGAUAGGUGCAAAAUCACAGCUUUACUUAAACCAGUGCAAUUCUUCUGUGUGUAUGAGAGGCCUUAGUUCUGUUCCCAUCCACCUUCGACACUCGUUACAGCUCCUGCUGACAGGUAACAUGACCUGAAAUCCCAGGUCAGUUUGUCAUUGUAGCAAGUCAGAAAUCCUAUUUUAUGAGUAGGACUUGGGUGUUCAUUCUUGGGCUAUGCAUUAAUGGGGAGACACGUUUUUUUCCUGGCUGCCAGUGGUUAUGUGUGUCUGGGGGCAUCUGCAGGACAGAACCCUGUAACACGUCCCCACGUGCUCCUUAAAGGAGCUGCUCCCUUUGGCUGGCUCAUAUUAACUUCAGAGAGCGAGGGGAAGGCAAAAGGAGACCAAAUGUCAACACAGCACUGGAAGAAAUCCUGGUUUUCUAGUCACUAGCUAAUUAUGGAUCCUCUCAGUAAACCUCCCAUUCAGAGCCUGCAGUUUAAUUCCAUGUGGCUUACUACAUAUUGGGCUUAAUCACUAAGCUGUUAGCUAAGGAAAAUGUUGCAAGCCCUUUCAAGAAAACUGCAUUUCUUGUGUCUCUCAGAUCCACGGCACAGCUCACCUGUAGGUCUUCCACACCUUGUUUUUAUCUUUAGAAGUGACCAAUGGCUUCCAGCAGAAAGGAGAUCAGCAAAAGUUUGAGUAAGGGAAGAUGUACCCUGUAGAUCUUCCAAACAAGAACUGAAAAUUGGGAAAAACUAAAACCUUACGUAGGCUCUAUUGGGAAUUAGCUGAUUUACACAUCCCCAUUCAUUCUACUGUAAUAAUUCAGCAGAAGGAGCUGCAUUCAUAGCCAGGGUGUCAAGGAAGAAGUCUCAAAAGAAGAGGCAAUUUUCAACUUUUCCAACUUUGGAAUUGCCAGUGCUUUGCAAAUGAGGAGAGCUAGCUUUAGUUCUUCCUGUCAUAGCAGCCUGUGUCUGAAGCUUUUUGUGUGUGUCAUUUGUGAGGAGAGUAAUGGGAACCUGAAUGUGUGGAAGGGGGGGAAUGCCGGAAGGCCAGCAGACAGUGACUGUACACACUGCUGGGCCGUGCCUCAUGCCAGAACCACCCCUUUGCUCCCAUUAUUUGAGUCAGCACGUUUCGAUAGGAGCUGUUGUUUUGAAAUCUUUCCUCUUGCUUUUUCUUCAUCACCCCUAAUUACUCACUCAAGGAAUUUAAUGCCGCCUGUAAAAGCAUCAGAGCCAUCAGCCCAGCAUCAUCGGCCACCGCCACCCCUCCUGACUCUCUCAUUAACUUAUAUGGUCAAACCUCCAGCUGCCCUGGUUCCCUGCUGUAAAACAAUCCUUCCUCUGUGAGAAGCUGUGGAAUUUCCCUUAUCGAUGGUUCAAAUGACUCCUGCUUGUAAACCUCUUACUGAGAUGUUCCUUGAUAGCGUUUCUGCUGGAGGCAGGGGGAGGGGAUGGGAGCCAGGGGCCAUCACUUCAGGCUGUUAUUUCAAUUCCCUGGCUCUCCUGCCUUGCCCACACACGGCAGGGAAGUGCUGCUGCUCCUUCAGCAUCUCCAAGUCAGCUUGUGGCUGCAUUUCUGUAGUUCAAAGUGCCCCAGGCGAAGGCCCGGUGCUGUCACGGCAGCGUGUGCAGGAUCUGUGUGUCAGCAGCCCGGUGAAGCUCGCUGUUUACACAUCUCCCGGCCUCUUCCCAGGGAGGAUUCGUCAAGCCUGGCUGGUUUUCACGCUGCCCAUUUGGUCCUUUAUCUGCCAGCCACACACCUGCUGUUCCUUCCAUCUGAAUUGUUGGGCCCUGGCGAUUUUCUCGUUAACCACUGCUAUCUCCUAGGUCUUGUAGGCUUCCCAUCUUAAAGAUUGAUCUUAGACCUCUGUAAAGCGCUUUCAGGGAGGGAGCAGAUCUCCUUCAGGAACAGUCUUGAUCCAACUUGAUCUCCAUUGAACUGUCUCAGGUAAUCUCUCUGAUCCUGUGUCAACAGAGAUCCUGUGGUGAACAGCUCGAGGAGCUUUGGGCUUUGGGAGGUACUGCUGGCCACCAUUUAGUGCUGAACAUGACCACUGAAAGUUUUUUCUUUUCCCUCAUAUGGAGUGCCACACCACUGGCCUUAAGGCAACAAAGGAAUUUUAUUCUCAUAACCCAUCAUGGAAUUGAAUAUGAGGCACAUGGGAGAAGGGCCUUAUGUGGCAUACCCUGCAGUGCUGAUCCAGCUGCCUAACCCACCACUGCUCUUUUAGGAUUGUAUUCCCAAGUGUCAGCAGCCAGGCAGAUGCAGUUUCCUACCACAGCAGUCCUGCAGUGCAGCAGCUCUAGGAAAUCAGGGGCCCUUCCCAGGGACCCCAGGGAAAUUUGCUCCUUCUUCUCUUGUUUAAUGAAGUUCCAUUUGCUCCAGGAGCUGUGGAAGUUUCAGCUGCUUUGAUGCUACUUUUUUUCCUCCUGAGCUUCUCUUCAUUUGUAGAGAAGCUGAGAGAUGUAAGGACUCUAGGAGCUGUUUGUAGGAAAUUAAUAAGGUCAUUUUGACAGGGUUUGGGCUAAAAAAUAACUGAAGCCUGAAGCCAGUGUACACUGCAAAAGCUGACACUGCAACCACACUUGUUCAUGAUAUCCACCAGUCCAAGUCCAUAUUUUCCUCUGAAUCCAACCUCAUGUAAAACACUAAAAGGACAUAACACUAGAAUUGCAGGGUGAGGACAUGAGCACUGUUUGCCAUUGGAAGAAGAAUUACCUGGCAUGCUCCCAGAUGAAGCUCUAAGCUUCUCCAAGUACUCUCUCUCGUUUUGACUGCCUUUAACCAGCUUUCACUCCAGAAAAUGCCAAACCCUCUUUGGAGUAUCCAGUUUUUGCCAAGUCCUGGGGACAGAAAGUCUGACGUGACGCGCGGAACCGCGUGCGCUGUUUCUCGUUGCACGGCUGGAAUAUCCCUUCUCUAGAAAACUUCCUGGUACUUCUGGGCUCUGAAAUUUGCACAAGGGAGCAUAAAUGUCAUAGAUCUUGCAGAGAUAACCCUGGUUUUUGAACCAAAGGGGCACCUCUUUUCAUUUGCCCUGUAAUUCCCACCCGUUCUACUGCUAGGGCUCAAUUUGUUGGGAAAUUUUCACAUCUGAAGAGGGUUGACAGGGUUGAGUCCCCACUCCUGUACUAAUUGCCAAUCGCUGCCACUGCAGGGCUCUUUACAAAGGAUGUAGAGUCAUGCUCUGAUACCAUUUUAAAGCAAAAAUGUCACUCCAUACGUAACAUGUACAUCCCUCAAAUGACUCCAGUGAAGUGCUGAAGGGAAAAGUACAAUCAAGGCAUCUGAUACUGAGAGGAAGCCUCUCCUCAGCUCCACGCCAGCACUGGAAGAGGGACCUGGAGAGGCUGUGGAAGGCUGUGGAUAACCAACACUCAGUGUGGAUAACCAACACUGC